AUGCAGUUCAGCACCUCCUUCCUCGCAUCCCUCACGGCCAGCCUGGCGCUCUUCUCGGGAGCGCAGGCCGCCAUGUCGGUGGACCAGAUCGUGGGCGGGCUCAACAUGUUCCGCGACAUGGCCAAGCAGCUGCAGCCGGCGGCCAGCGCGCUCAGCCCGAACCCGCUCUCGGUGCUGACCAGCGCCAACCAGGCCAACCUGCAGCAGUGCGCGGACGGGUUCGCCCAGGCCGCGCAGCUGGGCGGCGGCUUCGUCAACGGCAUCGCGGGCACGCCCGCCGUCGCCGGCCAGUACGCCGACGACGACCGCUCCAACAUCGCCGGCGCCUAUGGCGACUGCGCCCAGAGCCACCUGCUCCUGCUCAAGACCGUCGCCAACGCCCAGUCGGGUGUCGGCUACGGCACCGCCCAGGGCACGUCGAUUGUCAACUCGAUGGGCGCCAUCUCGGCUGUCAUUACUGGACUCACGGCCAACCUGGUUGAGAUUGUCGGCGCAAACUCGGGCGCGGCGAUGCAGCUCAACGCCAACAAGAACAAGCUACUCAACGGUGCGGCCAGGGUCAAGGCCUGCUACUCUCCCGAUAUCGCAAGCAUUGCCAAGUGGGCCGAGCCAGCAUGGCUACAUGGUCUCGAAAGCCCAUACUACAAUGAGUCGCACCGAAGGUUCCAGAAAUACGUGCGCGAGUACGUCGACACGCACCUGCUCCCGCACGCGCUCGAGUGGGAAGCGGCGGGGGAGGCGCCGCGGCAGGUCCGAGAGCGGUUCGCAGGGUCCGGGCUCGCCUUCCUGGACGUGCCGCUGGAGUACCGGCCGCCAGAGCAGCGCGCGGUGGCGGGGGUUCCGCACGAGCAGCUCGACGCCUUCCACGAGCUGAUCCUCAUGGACGAGAUGGCGCGGCUGCCCAGCGGCGUCGCCAUCGCGCUGGCCGGCGCGUCCAACGUCGGUGCCCCGCCCGUCAUCUACUCGGGCUCCGAUGGCCAGAAGCGCCGCUGGCUGCCGGGCCUCUUUUCCUGGCAGACCAGCUUCUGCCUCGCCGUCACGGAGCCCACUGCCGGCUCUGACGUCGGCGCCAUUCGCACCUCGGCGGUCCGCACCCCGGACGGAUCCGAGUACGUCGUCAACGGGCUGAAGAAGUGGGUCACGGGUGCGCCUUGGGCCACGCACAUGACGACGGCGGUGCGCACCAAGAGCAGCAGCAGCAGCAGCAACACCACCACCAACACCAACACCAACACCAACACCAACACCACAACCUCGCGGUCCCCAUCCCGGUCCGAAAUCUCGCUCCUCGUCAUCCCGCUCGACUCCCCCGGCGUAUCAAUUCGCAAGAUCCACAACACGGGCCACAACGCGGGGCUGCGGGACGUGCGGGUGGCGGCGGCGAACCUGGUGGGGUGCGAGGGCGGCGGGUUCCCGAUCGCGAUGCGCAACUUCAACAAGGAGCGCUUCAUCUUGGCGGUGGACUGCAACCGGCAGGCGCGGGUGUGCCUGGCCGAGGCGCUGCGGCACGCGCACGACCGCGAGACGUUCGGGGCGCCGCUGGCGUCGCGGCAGCUGAUCCGCGCCAAGCUGACGUCGGUGGCGUGCGACGUCGAGGCGCACUGGGCGCGGCUCGAGCAGCUCGCGCACCACGUCCGGGUCCGCGGCUGGCAGGCCCGCGACCUGGCCGGCCCCGUGGCGCUUACCAAGGUCCAGGGCGGCCUCGUCGUCGAGCGCGCCGUCAGGGAGUCGCAGCAGGUCCACGGCGGCGCGGGCUACGAGCGCGGCAGGACCAUGACGGAGCAGAUCCAGCGCGACCUCAGGCUCAAGGUCAUUGGCGGCGGGAGCGAGGAGAUCCUGACCGAUUUGGCUUGGCGGGAGGAGCACAAGCUGGCCAAGGAGCGGGGGGCUAAACUGCUUCAGGUACUCGGUCUUGAGAUAGGCCGUCCGGAAGUCCUUGUUCAGCGGCUCCUUGGGAUCCCGCUGCGAGGCGAUGUGCAUGCCCGUGACCUCGUCGACGAGCAGGGACGCGGCGCCGCCGUGCAGCGAACCCGGGAACCCCAUCAUGCCGUCCUCGAGCGCUAUCAGCGAGACGAAGUGGCGGAUGCGGAACCCGAGACGCGCGCACGGCCGCGGGUAGACGUGGACCCAGGCCGCGAUGGUGGCGGCGGUGUUGAGCGUGUCGCCGACGAGCUGGUUCUCUUUGGUCGGCAGCACGGUCCUGUUGGCGUGGACUUGGACGACGAGCGGCGCCUUUGGAUGAUCGUCGUCGCCGUCGUCGUCGUCGUCGUCGACGUCUGCGGUCCGUUUAAGGUGCUUCGCGCACCAAGGGAUUCGCAUCAAGUGGAGAACCUCGGCAUGGUCGUUAGUACCGUCAUUACCCGUCCGGUCCAUCGUGUUUUAAGGUUCCUGCAGCAGGGGUUU